CAGAAAUGCACAAUUGUGAACCAGCGAUUAGAUUUUCGGGUUGAAACGUCUUAAGCACCAAUUUCUGCGGUGUCGUAUGAAUCCAGAGGCAUAUAACUGCAGAAAGAAGUUCCAUGCUCUCCAGUUGCAGAUGGUGUGUGACAACAACAUGGUAUUGACAGAUGUUUUAGCAGGCUGGCCAGGAUCAGUUCAUGACUCCAGAGUUUUAAGAAAUUCUUCUCUAUGUGCAACAGCAGCUGACAAAUUCCCUCAUGAUUAUCACCUGCUAGGUGAUGGAGGCUAUCCACUUAGAAGAUGGCUUAUGGUUCCCUUCCGCAAUAAUGGACAUCUGCCACUAAAUCAAGUCAACUUCAACAGGGUUUUGUCAUCAAACAGACAGAUAGUAGAACGUGCAGUCAGUCUGUUGAAGGGGAGGUGGAGAAAGCUAAAAUAUCUUGAUCAUCUUGCUGUCAAGCUUAUGGUUGAAAUCAUAAUGGGGGCCUGUGUGCUUCAUAAUUUGUGUCUUGUGAAUGAUGAUUUUGACAACAUUUACUUUCUGGAUGACGAAACUGAUGAUAUUGACAAUGAUGAUGAUAACAAUGCUGUUGGUCUUGAAGAUGGAGACAGGCCAGCUGAACAAAAACGUCAGCAUUUAGUAAAAAUUGUUGCUCGAUGACUUUAAAUAUUCAUUUCAUCAGAAAGGAGUGAAUAAUAUUAGAUAUCUAAGAAUAUCAAUUCCUGAGUAAAAAAAUAUAAUUUAAUGAAUGCAAUUUUAAUGGUUGUAAAUAAAUUCAAGCAGUUUUAAGAAGUCUUUGAUUAAAGUUGGCUUUCAAAUAAUUGUAAAGUUAAUUUCAGCAACAAAAAUUUUGAAAUAAUUUAAUGAGAACUCAUUUAACAGUUUAACAAUACAGUAAUUUUAAAACGUAACAAGGGUGCAGUACCCUGAAAAC